AUGGAUGCAAAGCCUCAGCGCCCAAUGCGCGCGUUGCGGAUCCGCGAUGAGAACCAGCCUCCGCAGCUGCCCGCCGGCAAGACGAUCCAUCAACGAAACAAGUCGACGCCGGCGCUGUCCACAUUGAGCCUCGCCGGUGGCAUCAAAGCUGCUGCUAAGCGCACAGUAUUUGGCGACGUCAGUAAUACUGUGAGACAACAACCUGCGAAGGAUGACCUGCUCCUACCGGGGAAGCAAUCGGCGUACGACGUGUUGAAGGACUCUGCCAUUGUCGCAGCGAAGGAGCUCUCCAAGCCUACUACGCUGCUUCGACCAGCUCAGAGGCCGCUGGCACCACUGGCUCUGAAACCUGCGCAGGUCAAUGCGCCAGUUCUCGCCGCAUCAACGUUGCCAAAGCCCCCGAUGGUUGCCGCACCGACCCGAAAAGCAAUCUCGAAGAAGCCCACGACCAUCUUCAGAGAAUUGGACUCCGAACCUCUCGUCGAACCUCUACUACCCGCGGCUCCACUAGUAUCACGGCCAACAACUUCGACGGCCCUUGUCCAUCAACCACUUGCAUCUCGACGCGAAGUUCCUAGCAUCGAGCCUCGUGAAGAUCCAUCAAUCAAUGAAGCCCUCGCAAGCGUUAUCGUAGAUACUUCCAAAGUCUACCUUCCCAUCGACAGGCCUCAAUCGCUGUCUCACCAUGAGACCAAGUCCGGCGUGACUGAGGUCGAAGAACGCUACGUGCUCGCAGAGGAGAUAUCCACGACGGAGUUCCACCAGAAAUACGAAGCUGUGUCUGAUGACACCAAGGAUCAGUAUGAGUAUCUCGAGGCGCUUGAGGAGCAGGCUAGAGUGCUGGAGCAAGAGCGAAACGACGAACUUGCGAGGCAGUCUCACACCGUCCCUUUGCCCGAGGCCGAGGAAUACUGGGACGAGGAUGAAGAGGAAGAAUACUUCGACGCCGACGGCUACACGACUGCGAGAUCGCUACGCUCCCGUGGAGACAACACGACAGGCGGAGUGACUAUGGUUCUUGCACCUCGUAUCACCGCCAAGACUCAAAGAGAGCUUGAUGCCGCCAAGCACUUUGUCGAAAGCAUGAAGACGCCUGAAGAGGUUGAAGAUGAGCAGUGGGAUACUUCUAUGGUUGCUGAGUAUGGCGAGGAGAUCUUCGAGUACAUGCACUCGCUCGAGGAGCGAAUGAAGCCUAACCCAUCCUACAUGGAUCAUCAAGCGGAGAUACAAUGGUCUAUGCGAUCUGUUCUUAUGGACUGGCUUGUACAGGUUCAUCAUCGGUUCACUCUUCUUCCGGAGACGCUUUUCCUCUCAGUGAACUACGUCGACCGCUUCCUCUCUUGCAAGGUUGUCUCUCUAGGCAAAUUGCAACUCGUUGGUGCCACUGCUCUCUUCAUCGCCGCGAAAUACGAGGAAAUCAACUGCCCCUCCGUCCAAGAGAUAGUCUACAUGGUAGAUGGGGCUUACACGGUCGACGAGAUCCUCAAGGCUGAACGUUUCAUGCUUAGCUUGCUGCAGUUUGAGCUGGGAUGGCCGGGGCCUAUGAGCUUCCUCAGGAGAAUCAGCAAGGCUGACGACUACGACUUGGAGACCCGGACUCUUGCAAAGUACUUCCUUGAGAUCACCGUCAUGGACGAGCGCUUCGUUGGGUGUGCUCCGAGCUUCACCUCAGCUGGUGCACACUGCCUAGCCCGGUUAAUGCUCAAGAAGGGUGAAUGGUCCCAAGCUCAUGUGCAUUAUUCUGGUUACACAUACAAUCAACUCCGUCAGCUUAUAUCCACCAUGCUGGAGUGCUGCGAGAGCCCGCAGAAGCACCACUCGGCGGUCUACGAGAAGUAUUGCGACAAGCGUUACAAGCGAGCAUCCCUAUUCGUGGAAUCCGAGGUUGCCAAAGGCUUCGAGCUUCCACCCAUGUCACGAGACAGCCUCGCUGAGCAAAGUCCAUCCUGGCGACGUAAAUAG